AUGUCUGAUAAGAAAGGCAAAAAGAGUCAAAAGAGCAGGACCUUCAGCGCGCUGGACGGCGCCGCUCUACUUCUUUUCGAUGGCGCUAUGACAUCCGAGCAAAAGUCCAAGACGGCCAAGAAGCUGCGCGACAAGCAUGACAGCCCCGAUAGCUACCGUUUCUACGACAAGUACACGACGUCGCAGGAAAAGAAGGCUUGGAAGAAGCUGAAGGAGGGUUCAAGCAGUACACAGGGCCAGGGCCAGGGCCAGGGUCACCCCGGGGGAUCAUCAAGCCACACAGGAAGUGGUCUGGGGCGCGCACCACCCGGGCAGGCUGCCAGGGAGCCCUCUGUGGCAUCGCGGUCGAGUCGCUCAGGCAAGAAAAAGUAG